GUUGUCACGUGGGAUCCCCCCCAGCCUCUCCGCAGUUUGACAGUUGAAACCAGCAGUUUGUGUUGUAUUCUAAACGCCUUCGUGCUCGGGAAUAUUGGCCGAAUUCACUAUUUUUACUAUUAACAUGCAAAACAACACCGUAACAUAGUUUGGGGAAAUGAUAAUAUCUUGCUGCGACUCGACCGACCGAAAGGUAACUUCGUCGUUACCUGAGUUUACCUGAGCAGGCUUCCUCGCAGAGAAGACGCCUGGCUCCUGGAAAAUGGACAUCUUCAGACGCUCGAUAGAUUUUGGCCUGAAUCCUGCAGCUGUGGCUUACGCCAUGACUACGCUGGGAUCGGCCAUGAUAAACAACGUAUUUAGCUUCUACUAUGUCAAACUCUUUCUCAAUAAGUACAAGAUAUCAGAGGGAGCAUUCCAUCAAUCACAAGUGGUGUACAUGGUUUGGAAUGCAAUCAAUGACCCUCUUUUUGGAUACCUGCAAGACAAUUCCAGAGUGCCCUGCUGCUCUCAGAGACGUCUAUCCAUCCUUUAUGGCGCUCCCCUCUACUCGCUGGCUUUUCUCCUGGCCUGGUUCCCGUGGAGGACCUACACCCCCGGCGACUGGUUGAGCGGGUUACACUUGACCGUGGCUCUGUGCGCUUUUGAUGCCAUGCUGACUUUUGUGCUGCUGGCACAAUGUGCGUUGUUUGCAGAGAUGUCUAGCCACCAUCAGAGCAGGUUAAGACUUAUAAACUACAACCAGGUGGCUUCUCUCCUCGGCUCUUCCAGUGUCCUCUUCUGUGGUAUGCUGUCCAGGAACAUGGAGGAUUUUGCAUCCUUCCAAGCCUUCGCAGUGCUGAUUGCUGUCCUGAGCUGCGUCUGCAUGCUUUACACGGGCCUGCACAGUGAGAGCCGCUUUGAUAACAAAGCAUCUGGAUCCGAUGCCCCAAGGUCUGCCGACGAGACUUCCCAUCAAUCAGGCUGUUCCGUCUCCAUGUUGAAAACAUUGACGUGGCAAAUCCUGAGCAACAGGGACUUUCUGCAUUUUGUGUGCAUGAACUUCUUCCAGGUUUUCAUGUUGGCAUUCUUCAAUAAUUUUACCAUGAUAUUUGCUGAGCACCUGAUUCCUCCAGAUGUGCUUCCAUCCGUCGCCAAAAGCAUCAUGUACGGAGCGGGAUUCAUCUGUCCACAGCUGUUAGUAUUGAGUUGUCGGAAUGUGAUCCAGGAUCUUGGCUACUACCGGCUAAUUCUCUUCACCUUCUACACGGAGGUGGGAAUGGCAGCUCUCAUGCUGGCACUCGGUCCUCAGCACUACUAUUUUAUGGCAUUUUUCCUCACAGCUAACAUGGUCAUAAUCCAAGCCGCCUUCAGUCUUUUUGGCUUGCCUUUGGCUGACAUCAUCGACACAGACCUGCAGAAGUACAAGCGCAGUUCCCCUCUCUCCUCCAUGGUGUUUGGAACAAAUGCUUUGUUCACCAAGCCGUCUCAGUCUCUCGCCCCGAUGAUAGUCCUCACUGUCCUCAACCAGUUUGGAUACGAACAGCUGAAGGACGCUGCAAGGGGUUCAAAUGACAGAGCUGCAGAGAGUCUCCAUAGUGUCAUGUUCUACCUGGUGUGCCUGGUGCCCAUGUGUGUCGCCGCUCUGCAAGCCCUCGCGUGGAGGCCGUUUUCCAUACGCAACAGUCACACCGUCGACAUAAAGUACCUUGACGGCUGACUUAAACAUUUUAGUGUUCAAAGAAAGUUGUUGCUGUUUCCUCAGCUCCAAUUUGAGGAAGUUCUUUGGUGCCAAAUAUGAGAUUGUUCUCCUCCUUUCACUGUAUAUUCCAGGGUUGACUGCACUGAUGUGUGUGGGUGUUUGUGCGUGAGUAUUUUGUUUAGCUACAGUUAAUUAACAGAAGUGUUCUGAAUGGUUGCUAUGCUCGGCAAAUAAGGGCCGAUACCUCACGACUGUUUUGACAGAGGAACUGCACUAUAUUAUUAAUGAAUAUAGAAAUAUUGAAACUUAAAGUAAAUCAAGGCAUUCUCAACAAUUCCUUAUUCAUACUGUAAUGAAAAAUAUCAAUGGUAACAGCCAAAUAUAACUCAAUGCUAUGAAUUAUUUUUAUUUAUACAGACCUGUGUGGCACUGUAUAUUAAAACAGCUGAGGUGAGUGUAGAUGUUUUAAGCCAAGAAGAUGCUAACACCAUUUACGCUUAAUCACAUAAGGCAGAAAGGGGAAAGACUGAAGAAAUAAUUUUGAGUCGAAAGUUGAAAUAUUGCCUCACUGUGAGUUUAUUCUAAGUUGAACAAUCUUUUACACCAAAAGCCUCUCCAGCAUCAGAAACACAAUAUUUUACUUUAUAAAAAUGAGUAAUAUGCCUCUAAUGUCAUUAAUGUUGUUUGGUCAACUUAUCAAAUCAAAAUACUUUUAAAUGUAAUGUUUUAUUUCCAGUGCUUUUGCUUGAAAAUGUUUUUUUUACACAAACCAGCGGUGGGUCAAUAGUUUUGUAUUCUUGAUAUUUUACUAUCAAAAUAU